AUGAUAACUCCUCAAGAAUAACUUGAUAUUAGUAAGUUUUUUUGCUAUAAUAAGUUAUUAAAUAGAUUACAAAAUCCUUAUAAGGAAAAUCUUAAACAACUAUUAGAACUUUAGGUAAAACUUUCAGGGGAUUUGAGUCUUUUGAUAAAAAUAAUAAAAUUGAUAAAGAUGAAUUUCUAAUUGGUUUAAAAUAAAAUGGAAUAGUUUUAACAAAAUUCUAAACAGACGUAAAUAGUUUAUUUUCCUUAUAGUUUUUAUUAAAUUAUCUAGAUAGAAACAGAGAUAGAUCAAUAAAUAUUGCUGAAUUUUUUUAUUUAAUAAGAGUAAAAAAAUAAAUUGAUAAAUAGGGAACACCCAAUGAGAACCGAAUGUAAGUAAUAGUCUAAGCAUUCAAGAAAUUUGAUAAGGAUAAUUUAGGUUAUAUCAUGGCUGAUGAUUUCAAAGGAAUUUUCAAUGCAAAAAAUCAUCCAAAAGUUAUAAGAGGAGAACUGACUGAAGAUUAAGCUUAUAUUGAAUUAUUGCAGUAUUUUAAGGAAGGAAAUAAAUCUGGCCUUAUAACUUUAGAUGUAUUAAUGUAAAUUAAACUUAGGAAUGGAAAGAAUACUAUGCUGCAGUUAGUGCUGAUAUUGAAUUAGAUGAGAAUUUUAUAACAUUAAUUAAAGAAACAUGGAGACUAAAAUGA